AGGCCACACCCACCAACAGACAGCAUAUCUCAAAAAAUCCGAAAGCCUCACAAGUUGCACAAGUCGCUUGCUGGUCGUUCUCCCUGGCAUGGACUUGUACAACAUCCAGAGCGUCGUGUAGCGCAAGUUAAUGCUGUUCGACUGAGGAACGUUUUAAAACUUCCAAAGGCCCAUAAAUGGGUUUUUUACGAAUGGUUUUAUUCAAACUUAGACAGACCUCUGCUUCUAGGGGAAAAUGACUUUCGGAUAUGUCUUCGUGAAAACUUUCCCAACGUUAAAACCCGUCGUCUUUCUCGAGCGCACUGGUCUCUUCUGAGACGGCUCAUGGGCAAGCCCCGUCGAUGUUCCAUGGCAUUUUUUGAUGAGGAGCGACGAUCACUGAAUGAAAAAAGGGAAAAAAUUCGUACUCUUCAAGGGACGCGUUCCGUGCAGUUAGAGUUUCUACUUCGCUACCCGACUGAUGGUCUGUACACAGGAAAAGUGGAUGCUAUUGACGCUCUACGUCACUGCUACCGCGUGACCUUUGACAAGGUUGCCUUGGGUACUCGGUCAAUCCCAGAUUACGAGGUUCUCAGCCUUUUCCCUCAGGAGACAAUCCCGUUGUCGGCCUAUAAAACGCAACACAAGGCGAGCAGAAACCUAUUCAUGAGUCCAGCGCGCUUGCUAGCACAGUCUGCUUUGCAGGGAAAGCGCCACCACAUGCAUCAUCAUAAGUACGCACAUGGACUCGCUUCUGGUGUUGGUGGUCCUGGUGACGUGCAUGUUAAUGACUGCCCAUUAUGUCAAGCAGAAGCUUCAGCCUCUGGAGGAGCAACCGUCAGGACUACAAUAUCAUCAGGAUAUGGAACCAAUAGCAAUCUUUUGUCGGCGCCUCUCAAAUUACCUGCAAUCAGCAGCGGUGAUGUGGCUGCAUCUAUGGGCAGUGCGGCUCUGGCGUUGAGUGAGCCGUCAUCAGGUGGUCGACUGCUUUUGAAUGAGGCGGAUAUUUAUGGCGGAUAUCCAAUGAAGUUUUUGGUGAUGGUGACGAAACUCUCAAAAAUACUGGAAGUAAAAAAACGCUGUGUUGAUGAGUUGCAGGAUUUGAAUGAUGAAGCGGAGAGAAAG